CCCAGAAAAACACAUUUUAUUCCAUUAUAAAAACCCAUUACGCCCGGCGUAGCCUAUUGGUCAAUAUCAAGAAAGUGAUGCAAAUAAGGAAUAUAGGAUAUUGCCUAAUGUCAAUCAAACAUUGUCACAAAUCCUUGUGCGUUCAGGGCGGGGCAUCUAGAAGCGGUCACAAUAUAAAUCCUGUAAGAACUGCAAUUGUCAAGACGCUUUGAGCUACGCCACCAAGACAGCUACAUUGUCAAUGUGUGUGAUUAUGCGAUGAUGGGAAUGGCGCAUAGCAAUCGCUGCGCUCUUAUCAUUUCAAACUAACCUGAGGAUGUAUUGGAAGCAGAGUGAGCGACUCCAACCCUGAUUUGAAGUUGGAUAGCCUACAUGAAUAACUCGAAUUUAAUAACAGAAACGAUGACUGAAGGAAACAGCAGUGUAGGCCUCCUGAAUCGGUCCUUGACGGAUCUGGACCGGUUCAGUAGCCUAGAGGACAUCGACGUGACAGCGGACGGGACUCCGAUUUUGAGGGUGUUCAUCUGCGUCGUUUACUCGGUGGUGUGCGCCGUGGGUUUGGUGGGCAACUUACUGGUGCUGUUCUUUAUCAGAGUGAAACAAGAGCGGAAAAAAUCCAGAAUCAACUUCUUUGUACUUAACUUGGCAGUGACGGACUUCCAGUUUGUAUUGACUCUGCCGUUCUGGGCAGUGGACACCGCACUUGACUUCAGCUGGCCGUUUGGAGACGCCAUGUGCAAAAUCAUCAGCUCCGUCACAGUUAUGAACAUGUACGCGAGCGUGUUCUUUCUGACUGCAAUGAGCGUCACCCGAUACUGGUCCGUCGCCUCCUCUCUAAAGGACCGAACUAGGCAAAAGUCCUGCUCUGCCAAAUGGAUUAGCGUGGUUCUUUGGGUAUCCGCAACAAUUGCGACUGCACCAACAUCCAUAUUCUCAACCGUGACAAAUGUAGCGGGGGAAAAACUAUGUUUGCUUAAGUUCCCUGAUGGACAAUAUUGGUUAGCAGUUUAUCACCUUCAGAAAAUUAUAUUUGCAUUUGUUUUACCCAUGGCCAUUGUUUCAGUCAGCUACAUCAUGCUUUUGCGAUUCAUCCGCAACCGUAGUAUGAAAACAAACACCAAACGGACAUCACAAGUCACCAAAUCUGUCACCAUCGUCGUCCUCUCCUUCUUUCUUUGCUGGAUGCCAAAUCACGCCAUCACAUUCUGGGGCGUCCUUGUGAAAUUGAAUGCUGUGCAUUGGGAUAAAUCUUACUACAUAGUUCACACUUACGUAUUCCCUGUGACAGUCUGCCUUGCGCACGCCAAUAGCUGUCUAAACCCUGUAAUUUAUUGCCUAAUGAGAGAAGAGUUUAGAAAGAAACUGAAAGAUUUGUUAUAUGGCGGAUAGUCAUUUUACGCAGUGGAAGAAUCGGUUGCCGUUGCCAUUACGCACGCGCUCCAUGUUGCAUAAUGUACCCUAUAGGGCGCAAGACAUGGGUGUACUGUAAUAGGCGAAUGCAGUAUGUUCUGUUGGUGGGAAAAAAAUCACAAAACAGGCAUGGACAAGCACUAAAACAAACGGUCACAAUGAUACAAUGAUAAUGGCUACCAAAAUUGCGCAUGAGGCAAUUCUGCCUGUUAUGGUUUCUCCCAUCCAUGUGCUGUUGUAUUCCCGGGAAGUUAUCAUUAAACGAUAGAGAAACCGCCCGGACUGUCAUCAUUAAACGAUAGAGAAACCGCCCGGACUGUCAUCAUUAAACGAUAGAGAAACCGCCCGGACUGUCAUCAUUAAACGAUAGAGAAACCUCCCGGACUGUCAUCAUUAAACGAUAGAGAAACCGCCCGGACUGUCAUCAUUAAACGAUAGAGAAACCGCCCGGACUGUCAUCAUUAAACGAUAGAGAAACCUCCCGGACUGUCAUCAUUAAACGACAGAGAAACCGCCCGGACUGUCAUCAUUAAACGAUAGAGAAACCGCCCGGACUGUCAUCAUUAAACGACAGAAAAACCGGAAAGUCAUCAUUAAACGAUAGAGAAACAGAGGCAGACUAUAUAUUGUCUUUAUCAUUCCAUCAUAAUUGUAGCCUUGUGGAGAUAAACGUACCCAUGAUCCCAUGUUCUCCUUCACAGCUGCACGUCUAGUCUUCAUUGUGUGCAAUGGCAUUUGUCACAAAUUACAUGCAAUGGGAGGGAAGGGUAAAUAUUAUGCCUAUGAUAACAGAUAACCAUAUUGCUUAAAUUGUGUUCAUGCAAAAUA